CACACCUUUGUAUUUUAUGACUUAAGACGAGCCGAGUGGGAGGAGAUUUAAGCAGCGAACAGCUGAACACUGAGAGAAGAGUUCAUAUAAAGGAGAAGGGAAUAAUAAAUAUAGAGCCGAAGACAGAAGAAAAAGGAUGUUGCUAAACACCACAGAUCUCUAUGACAAUGACUCAUUUUCCUGUGCCUCCCCCUCAGUGGAAGGUUACCGCUACUUCGGUGUGUUCUGGGGUUCCAUCGUUAUGGUGGUGGGAACUGUGGGGAAUGUCCUGACCGUUCUCGCCUUCACCACUGAUUCCCGUCUGCGUACUCGCUUCAAUGUCCUCAUUGUCAACCUGGCAGUGGCUGACAUCCUUUACUGCACCAUCCUGCAGCCAGUGAGCAUUGACUCUUACCUGCACCUGCGCUGGAGGGGCGGAGCUACUUGGUGUCAAAUGUUUGGACUCCUCCUAUUCCUGUCCAACAGUGUGUCCAUUAUUACAUUGUGUCUCAUUGCUGUGAGUCGAUACCUGGUGGUUGCUCAUCGGAAUUCACAAGUCGCUCGGCUGCUGUUGUCUCAACAGGGUGUCGCUGUGCUCCUCGUGAGUUCCUGGGCGCUCGGGCUUGCCAGCUUUGCCCCUUUGUGGCCUGUCUACGUCUUCGCACCUCAGGUCUGCACCUGCAGCUUCCACCGUGUAAAAGGUCGCCCUUACACCACCAUCCUGCUGUUCAUGUACUUCUUUUUAGGGUUGGGCUUUGUUGGACUUUUCUACUUUCUGAUCUACCGGAAGGUGCGUGUUGCUGCAAAAGCACUGAUCAAGUACAGGCCAAGUCGACGCUCCUCAAGGCGCAAACAGCCUGAACCCGAAGGCACGGAAGGGGAUGAUAGCGGGAUUGGACUCGGGACUGCAACGACUCAGAGCAGUGAAUUCAGCGGGCAAGCUGUUGAGGUAGACCACAAUAAAACCAGUGUGAACGAACUACAAACCAUUUCCAGAGACACCAAUGCUGUUAGUGUGGUAUCACAUGGAAAAAAGGAUUCCCCAAAAGCGGCAGCUCCAACUCCAGCUGCAACCCAAGCCAAAGCAUCAUCCUCGGGAGAAGACAACGAGUUUAAACGUGUAACCCGGAUGUGCUUUACUGUCUUCCUGUGCUUUGUAGGUUGCUUUGUGCCUUUUCUGCUCCUGAACAUUGCAGAUAAAAAAAACAAAGCUCCACAGGUGGUCCAUAUGUUCUGUGCAAACCUCACGUGGCUUAACAGCUGCAUCAACCCGUUGCUGUAUGCAGCCAUGAACCGCCAGUUUAACCAGGCGUAUAAGGACCUUCUGGCCAAAGCAGCGUGGCCAAUAAUGUGUUUGUGGAAAAAAAAAUAAAUGUAGCCAGCAAAAACAGUCAUUUUUGCAAGGGGGUGAAGCUGGAACUGAUCCAACUCUUCCUACAAUGUCUAACCAACGAAGGACUUUAUCGUGUAUGCUCUCUCCACUACCUGGUCUGACUCCACACCAUGGACUCGCCAUAUCAGUGUCCAACUCCACUGCCGGGAACUUUGCUUCAACUCUGCCAAGAUACGAGUAGAGACUCUAUUAACCAUAACUAAUAGUAAUCAAUGCUAAUGAUGGACAGAGCAAAACUGCUAACUCAGACUCGACAGAAUCUUCCAUGCUUAGGCCAAGAGUGGUAGGGUUUAAAAACAAGCAGCACCAGUUGUUUUCAUAACGCCUUACUUACCAAAAGAUACGAUUAGAGAAAGACGUGAUCAAGUAUAAACUAAAGGCUCAAUAUCAAAGUCUUUAAUAUAGUAUGAAUAAACGUCUAGGUAUUCUUGUAUCUCUACUGUAUAUUUAAAAUCUGUACAUUUAAAAUAAAUUAUAAAACCAG